CCGUCCCUUUGCCUCGCCCUUCUCCAUUUUUUCCGCCCCUCUCCCCCUCUCGUCGCGGUGCGUUGAUGGGAGCUGCGGCCCCCGGCAGCCCCACGGCUCCCCCCGGCUCUGUGCUCUCUCCGCACCCGCGCUGGGCCGCCCCCCCCCGCGCGAUGCGCCGCGGAGCCGCGCUCUGAAACCGCGCCGAUUUCUCCCAUUUUCCCUUUUAAUCCUUUUUCUCUCCUUUUCCUAAAGGAGAGCGGCACCCCCGGGUUUUUCUCUUCCCCCCCCCCGACUUUUUUUGCUUUUCACCUCUCGCAGCGUGGGCAACCCUUGAGUGCUGCUCACUCCUCUCUCCCCAGCCAAGCAAAGCGGAGUGAAACUGCUCCUUUUUCUACCAUUUUCUUUUUUGUUUUCCUUUUUUUUUUUUUUCCCCUCUCCUUUUUCUCUCCUUCACUUACUAAAGGGGAACGGCACCCCCGAACUCUCCCUUUGCUUACCCGCUUUUUGCUCCCCUUCACCUCGCGGCGCGGUCACCCCUCGCGCUGCCCACCUCCAAGCAAAGCGCCGUGAAACUGCGCUGAUUUGUCACUUUUUUGCGUUUUUUCCCACUUUUAUCUUUUCGUAUUUUUAAAGCCGAGCACCGCCUUCCCUCCGAGCUCUUUCUCCCCCGCUUUUUUUCCCUUUUACCUCGCGCAGCACGAGUGCCCCUCACGCUGCGCACCCCCCCGGCCAUCAAAGCGCGGAGCCUGGCGCAUGCACCACCCCGGCCGGGCCCCCCCCCCGCUCGCCGCUGCCCCCCGCCUCGCCCCGGCUGCCGGCCCCUUCAUGCUCGGCGCACGCCAUGCCCGUGCCGUAGCCGGGGGCCCCUCCUCACGUCCCGCAUGUUCAGGACCAAACGCUCGCUCCUCGUCCGACGGCUCUGGCGGAGCCGCGCACCCGGCGGCGGAGAGGAGGAGACGGGAGACGGCGCAGCGCCGGCCGAACCUCGGCCGCACUCAUGCGGCGGGGGGAACCGGGGGUGCUGCCCGGCCAAACCCCCCCGCGGGGGCGGCCGGGGGGCGGCGGAGGGCGAGCUGAAGGCGCUGACCCACGCCGUGCUGAAGCGCUGCAAGGAGCGGCAGCUGGAGGGGCUGCUGCGCGCCGUCGAGUCCCGCGGGGCGGCCCGCACCCCCUGCGUGCUGCUGCCGGCUCGAGGGGAGGCGCGGCUGGGAGCGCAGCGGGACGCGCUGCCCGCGCUGCUGUGCCGGGUGUUCCGCUGGCCCGAGCUGCGGCACGGGGCGCCCCUCAAGCGGCUCCGAGGCUGCUGCCAGGCCGACGGCGCGGCGCCCACCGAGCUCGUGUGCUGCAACCCGCACCACCUCAGCCGCCUCUGCGAGCUCGAGUCUCCCCCUCCGCCCUACUCCAGAUAUCCCAUGGAUUUCCUCAAGCCGACGGCAGGUUGUCCAGACUCUGUGCCUUCCUCCACUGAAACAGGGGGAACUAAUUGUCUAGCCCCUGGGGGGCUCUCAGAUUCACAAGUUCUUCAGGAGUCAGGGGAUCACUCACACUGGUGCGUGGUGGCAUACUGGGAAGAGAAGACGCGCGUGGGUCGGCUGUACUCUGUCCAAGAGCCCUCCCUGGAUAUCUUCUAUGAUCUACCUCAGGGGAACGGCUUCUGCCUCGGGCAGCUCAACUCGGACAACAGAAGCCAGCUGGUGCAGAAGGUGCGCAGCAAGAUCGGGUACGGCAUCCAGCUCACCAAGGAGGUGGACGGCGUGUGGGUCUACAACCGCAGCAGCUACCCCAUCUUCAUCAAGUCGGCCACACUGGACAACCCCGACUCCAGGACGUUGCUGGUGCACAAAGUGUUCCCGGGUUUUUCCAUCAAGGCUUUUGAUUAUGAGAAGGCGUACAGCCUGCAGAGGCCAAACGACCACGAGUUCACGCAGCAGCCAUGGACUGGAUUUACCGUGCAGAUCAGCUUUGUGAAGGGCUGGGGCCAGUGCUACACCAGGCAGUUCAUCAGCAGCUGCCCGUGCUGGUUAGAGGUUAUUUUUAAUAACCGAUGACACGAGACGGAGCGGACUCAUGACAUUUAUACUACUUUGCUGCUAUUACUUCCUUCUGAGUGCUUGCUUUUCAUGCAACCUUUUUGUUUUUGUUUCGUUUUGGUUGUUGUUUUUUUACCCCCCGCCACGCAUCUCCCCCAUUCUGAGAAAUAGCUCGUGGAAAGAUUUUCGCCCGGGUAUUUUGAUAAAUAGAGCUAUUUUUUAGAAGUGCAAACGACCAAUAAGGAGGGCAUGUGGGGCAGAUCACAUAUGAUAAUCAUUUCCCACUUCCCAAAGGAUUAUCCUGUGUGAUGAGUGGGUUGGGAGCCACUUGUUCUUGGGUAGCGUGGUGGGAUCCCUGUAUUUUUCAUGCCCUCCCCCCAUCCCAAUGUUGGUGACACCCAACUGAUACCCUUCCCCAGCAGCGGUGCACAAACUUCCCACCAGGUCUUACCCUACCUGUGUCGUUUUUGCCAUUGAGUUUUCUCAUUGGGUCGUCGCUGUUGUUGGGUUCGCAUCCCACCCCCCCAUCUUUCCAUGGUGUUUUAUAUCAUCAAGGAUUGAUACAAGAGGAGAAAACGACAACGAAGAAACCACGCGUGGCCCACGCUUUGCAAUUGGAGCUGAGUUGUGAAGUAAGCCUAGGGAAUAAAAAACAAAACAACUACAAAAAAAAACAACAUGAAGCAAAACAAAACAAAAACAAAAGAAAUAUGGGGAAUAUAAAGCGUCGAGGGUAGUUGGUCUGUCGGAACCUGUUGGAUCAGGUUAUCCCAGUGCCAUCGUAUCUGGAGACGCCGUUGUGCUUUCAUUUCUUCUUGAAUUCAUACACACGUAUGAUACUUUUACACUGUUCUUAGCUCAAUGAGCAUGUUUAGACCUUAACAUAAGCUAUUUUUCUAAGUACAAAGGUUUAAAUGAACAAGAGAGCAUUCUCAUCGGAACUUUGGCAUCGUAGUGCUUUGGAAAGAAAACACACAGACACACAAAAAAAGGACUUCUUAAGAAAAAAAAAACCUGAGAUUUAUUAAAGAAGAGGAAAAAAAAAUGUAUUUUAUGUUAUAUAUAAAUAUAUUAUUACUUGUAAAUACAAAGACGUUUUAUAAGCAUCAUUAUUUAUGUAUUGUGCAAUGUGUAUAAACGAGAAAAAUAAGAGAAGAUGCACUUUGCUUUAAUAUAAAUGCAAAUAACAAAUGCCAAAUUAAAAAAAAAAAAAAGAAAAAGAAAAGAACAUGAGAUUGGUGGUUUUUUUCUAUGGGUGUUCUCAUCCAGAUGAAUGUUUUGUUUUGUUUUGUUUUUUUUCUAAAGGAUUUUAUGUUCCAUGAAAAAAAUAAAAACAUACACUUGA